ACCUGCUGUGGGCCCCGCCCCCGCUCCGCCUCGGCCCGCCCUGCUCCUCCCCGACUCCUCCUUCCCGUACCCCCAGUCCAGCCAGAACGGCCCCCGGGACAGAACGACGCGGAACCCCGGGCGCCUGGGUCCCCAGCAUGAUCCUCGGCAGCCUGAGCCGGGCAGGGCCCCUCCCUCUGCUCCGGCAGCCCCCCAUCAUGCAGCCCCCAAUGGACCUCAAGCAGAUCCUGCCCUUUCCACUGGAGCCAGCCCCAGCCCUGGGCCUCUUCAGCAACUACAGCACAAUGGACCCUGUACAGAAGGCUGUGCUCUCACACACAUUUGGAGGACCCUUGCUGAAGACCAAGCGGCCAGUCAUUUCCUGUAAUGUCUGUCAGAUACGAUUCAAUUCUCAGAGCCAGGCAGAGGCACACUACAAGGGUAAUCGCCAUGCCCGAAGAGUCAAAGGCAUCGAGGCUGCCAAGACCCGAGGCAGGGAGCCUAGUGUCCGGGAAUCAGCAGACCCAGCUCCAGCAGGCAGCACCCCCCCAAGUGGGGAUGGUGUAGCCCCUCGUCCAGUUUCCAUGGAGAAUGGCCUGGGUCCAGCUCCAGGAUCCCCAGAGAAACAGCCUGGCUCCCCAUCCCCUCCCAGUGUUCCAGAGUCUGGACAGGGUAUAACCAAGGGUGAAGGGGGAACUUCAGCCCCAGCUUCCCUGCCUGGGGGUAGCAAGGAAGAGGAGGAGAAGGCUAAGCGCCUGCUCUACUGUGCACUGUGCAAGGUGGCUGUGAACUCCCUGUCCCAGCUUGAGGCACAUAACAAAGGUACUAAGCACAAGACAAUUUUGGAGGCCCGAAGCGGACUGGGACCCAUCAAAGCUUACCCUCGGCUGGGGCCUCCCACUCCUGGGGAACCAGAGGCUCCUUCCCAGGACCGAACCUUCCACUGUGAGAUUUGCAAUGUCAAGGUCAAUUCGGAGGUCCAGCUGAAGCAGCACAUAUCCAGUAGGAGGCACCGAGAUGGCGUGGCCGGGAAGCCCAACCCUCUACUGAGCCGUCACAAGAAGCCUAGGGGCACUGCGGAGCUGGCGGGCACACUGACUUUCUCCAAGGAGCUGCCCAAGUCCCUGGCAGGUGGCCUGCUCCCCAGCCCCCUGGCGGUAGCUGCGGUGAUGGCCGCUGCAGCAGGCUCCCCGCUGUCCCUGCGCCCAGCUCCAGCCGCACCUCUUCUGCAGGGACCACCGAUCACACAUCCUCUACUCCACCCGGCCCCAGGACCCAUCCGAACUGCGCACGGACCCAUCCUCUUCUCCCCCUACUGACCUCAACCCUGAACCCCCUCCCAUUGAAUCCCCCACCUCCAGCCGGGACCCAGGCCUCCGGGCUCCCAGCCCGCCCCUCCUCCCGGCGCUCCCUGAAUGGUCUCUCCUUCCCCCCGCCCCGAGGUACGGGGUUCCAGGAAAGGGGAGGGGUAGCGGGGGAGGGGGGGCUUAAGAAGGGGGGGAACACCCCAGAUCUCAGGGAACCCCGCCCCCUGUCCUUCCCUCUCCCCUAGAAGAGAGGGGGGCCGUCUCACCCCCCGAGCCCCCUCGGAGACACCCCCUCCCAAAAGCCAUGUCCAUCCAACCCUUCCCCUCCAAACCUAGCACAAAACGGGGUUCACAAGCCAUGGUCGGGGCCCGGGGGGAGAACAUGGAUUUUCUUGGCAAUAAGCGGACUCUGGGACUCCGGCCCCCCUACCCCAAACUAAAGCGCUUCCGUGAACAAACCCGUCCUCCGCAGGGGGAGGGGAGCAGGCGGGAUCCUGGGUCCCUCGUAAGCACUUUGGUUUUACCGCCUGCAACCUCACUGUGCCCGCCCCGCACCAUGCCCCACCCCCAGGUCCAGUCGGACCCAUCACAGGGGGCAGCACUCGGGGGCAUCUCAAGCACUUGGGUGGGACCAAGGAGAUGCCCUCAUAGACCCUUCCCUUGCCUUCUUCCUCCCCGGUCCGGGUUCCAUUCUUUUCACCAGCACCCAUCGCCCAAGGGGUACCAAGGGGGGCAAGGGGUGUCCAGUCCAAGUCCACCCCCGCCUCGCCUUCCGCAAAACUGUGAGCAAAAAGCAAUAGAAGCCUCGCCCCCGCCCCUCCCCUUUCCGCAGGAUUUGCCGUCUGUAGCCUCCCCAUCCCAAUCCCUAGACCUCAUGGCUGCCCCCUCCCGUGACACCUCCACUGCACAACUCGGGCGGGGGCGUGACCCCCAACCUGUCCCUUCUGUGGUUUCUGUAUGGUCAGCCCUUCCAGCGCCGACCCGGGAUGGGGACCGGCCCCACUGGCCCUCCCCUCCCCAUGGACUCUUUCUGCUUGACAAUGUAGCAACCCCGGCCCCCUACCUUCGCCCUCCCCUUUUCCCUUUCCUUGACAAUAAAGUCUGGAUUCGUUCUGCCCUCCGCGCCCAA